CGAAUGUUUCAACGUUUAAAAUUUUUCGGUAAAAUAAAUAAAAAUAAUAUGCAAUAAAUAAUAAAAUGUAAAAAAAAAUGUAGAGAUAGCUUUUCAAUUGGACUCUUAAAGUUGUUAAAAUCGAUAGAAGCAUGGUCAGUGAAAUUGGGUUUAAAAUUGAAGAUAUAAUUGCCGAGUUAACACAAGAUGCUAACGUAUCACGACAUAAAGGGUUACGAGAAGCUUGUUUAAGCGCUUCUGAAUAUUUGGAUGAUUGGGCUAAUAAUCGACGAAUUGAACCAUAUCAAUUGAGAGAGACAUGCUUUCUUCCAUUCAAAAUAGCCCUUGAAUCCAGAUCUGCAAAACUGGCAACAUUGGCUGUCAGUGGACUUCAGAAAUUAUUAUCCGAUGAACGAUUUCAUUCAAAUGGUCACAAUGAGAAAGUUGAAUAUCAGUUCCCAGUGCAAUUUUUUAAUGCAGUUGUGUCAACACCAUCUCUCUCAGAUGAAGUACAAGUGGAAGUCAUGAAGCUGUUGCUGUUAAUAACAUCUUCAGAGUCCUGUGAGGUUCAUGAUGACUAUCUCAUUAAGAUUGCAGAGGUUUGCAUUGAAACAUACGUUCGAGCUCAUCAAAGCCAAACUAAAACAGCAUGUCGUGCAACGCUAACACAAAUGUUAAGUUCUUUAUGUCAUCGUUUGCAAGACAGUUCUCACCAGAAAACAUUAAUUAUGAGAAAACAUUUUGAUAAUUACGGAGCAGAUCAAACAAAGCUGUUAAGUCAAGAUGUAGUAUCUCUUCUGAAAUAUUUUAGCAUGAAACUUCAAUCUUUUUCAUCGACAACGCAACAAAGUAAUGCUCUGGCUUUGUACUUGGAAUCUGUACAAGUUAUGUUGUUAAAUCUGUCCAAGUCAAUGCAGCAAGAUAGAGAAUUUGUAAAUUUAGUUUGGCAAAUUUUAUGCCCAUCCUUAAUCCAAUUGCUUGGCUCACCAUCUGCAGAUGUGAAUACUAGAGGUAAACCUGUCGGGUACAGUGGCUUUCCAGACGAAGGUAGAGGUGCACGUGGUGGGAAUAACAAAGGUGGUAAAUACCCAACUCCUCUUAUUGCUCGCACAAUAUAUGCUAUUGCAGGAGAACUGGUUCGUUUGGUUGGUACAAUGCAAUCUUUGAGACCCACACUUGAAUCUCUGUUCCAUCGCAUAAUUCUAUAUCCUCCAUCACACCACAGAAUAGAAGCUUUAAAAAUAAUUAAAGAGUUGCUUGGAAGCCCACAAAGAAUUUACGAUUUGGCAGGUCCAACAAAAAAUGACCGAAUACCUGGCACACCUGAGUCACCAACUGAACAACGAAAAACGGAUUUGGAUUUAUUCAGAUUAAUAAUGGAUGGCAUCCAAGACUCAUGCCAUCAUAAUGAAGCAACAGUUUCAAGUGCAAGUGUGGCUUGUGUUGUUGCUCUUCUUGGAACUCUCGAAGAUUUAAGUAAUGGUGGUGGCCUUUCUGAUGAUCAAAUAGAGAAAUUAACCAAGGUAAAAGAACCUGAUAAUUGGAUGGAAUUGUAUGGGAAGGCUGUUCCAUAUGAUGAUGGCUCAAAUCUUCAUGGACCGUCUUUGAAAUGUGGAAACUUGGAAGGUUCAGAUACAGAAAGUGAUAGUGAACUUGAUGAAAAACCGGACAAACCUAAACAUAUAAGAUGGCAGAUGGAUUAUGUUGAACACGAUCAAAUGCUAGAAAGUGACGAUGAGUCAGGUGGUAACAUGAUGACACCAAAAACAGUGACAUGGGCACCUGAACAUGAAGAAAGAAUAAUUGAGAGUUAUUCAACCAGUCCGAAUAACAAAGGAAGGUUGAAACCAGAUACAUCAAGACGAUCGUGCAUUCCAAAGCCAAAAUUACAUUACUCUGGGAUAAAGUCUAGAACAGAUUCUGGUCUUAAGUCCAAAUCAAAACGUGGUUCACAAAGAGAUUACUUAAGCUCGAGCAAAGUACAACGCUCCUACUCUGCUGUUGAUUUAAAACCCAGAAAUGUACGUAGUACAAUGCCAGUAAUAAAACACCCAUUGAGGAGAACAAACUCAUACUCAAGUUUAGAAAUCAAGAAAAAGGACAUAUUUAAAGCUGAAGAUAUUAAAGUAGACUUUGCAUUUUUUGAUAAGUUUCGGAAAACCUCGCACUCACGUAAAGCAGGGCAUAACAAAAAGAAAGAGCAUACGUUUGCGUUUGGAGGACUUCGAAGAAGAAAUUCAAAAAGUGGGUCCGAAUCACCCAUGACUGAUGAAGGUUUAAAAUCUCCCAAACCCAUCUUACGAAGAAGCAGUUCUUUUAAGGAUGACGACAAAAUGAACUCGAAAGACAAACCAGCGACUGAUCAUCAAGAGAGCAGACAGAUUCCACGUUUGAAAGAUUUGAGAAAUCAACAAGGUUCUCCCUCCAAAGAAACCACUAUUAAUGGCAUUCCACUUAGUAGGUUACAUCGACAAAAACCAAGCCCGAAAACACAUAAACCGAAAUCUAAACCCAAAAUCGUUAAACCCGAACCAGAAGAACCAAAAAUAGAACCAGAGAAAUCUGUUGAGGAAUGUGAAAAAGAAGGAGCCAGAAAUUUUGCGCGAUGUUUGCUUGGUAUAUUACCUUCAGUUUUAGCAGCCACAGAGCCAUCAGUGGCCGAUGAAGCGUUACAACAAUUUGCUUCGGACGUUUGUGAAGCUGUUUCAUGUAUGACUUUAAAACGCAAGAACGUUCCAAACUUUGGAACUGUGCGAACGCAUGAAAUAAGUUCCAACGAAGUUGAAACUGAAAAGGACCCUUCUCUGAAUGCUGAUGGUGUGUACAAGACAGUCUAUGCAACGUUAAAACUCAGUUAUACUCUUAACACGUCUGGAUAUUAUAAGAAGAGAGGUGUGACUAUACCACUAGCACAGGAUCAAUUUAUCGAUUCGAUCAUAUCUUCCGGCGUGAAAGUGCGACUAUCGAAGAUAUGGUUGCGAGAAGUGUAUCGUCUCGUUAUCACUUACGAUAUUUUGUCGAAAGCUGGUUACAAAUCAAAUUCCAACGAAACGAAUCGCGCACUGGUAGGAUUGCUAUCAGAAAGCAUUUAUACGCACCAUCCAAGCCGGUUGAAAGAGUCGAACGUGUCGCCAGUUAAGGGUGAAACAGAUUUUACGAUGCCGGCGAAACGAGAAGGGACGAAAUUUGCGCGGAGGCUGUUGUUAUGCACUUGGGACCAAGCCUUAGAAGUGCUGGCUGUAGCGCUUGAUACAACAACGAAAAUUAUCGCUGGAAAUGGUUCUGUGGGAUUGGCCAUGAUGUUAGGAAGCAACAACGACUCGCCAGUUGCUAGAAAACAUUUAUCACGUGACCGAGACAUGGUUUGCUUGAGUCUUGACGGUUUCAGAAGAGCGGCAAGAUUAUGUUGCACUCUGGAUAUACAAUCGCGUUGCGACAUGAUUUUGUCUCGAUUAGCUGUUGCCUCUUGUGGCGAUUUUUUCAAUGAUAAAAAAUAUCGCUCGCAAGGUGUGAUGGGAUCUGUUCGAUUGCACGCUGCGCACGUGUUAAGUAUGGAUGCUUUGCUGGCAGCUGGGUUGGAGUUGGGUAGUAAUGCUCCACAAUCAUGGAUGCAUGUCUUCAGAUGCUGUAUGUAUAUCUCCCAUCUUGAACAUGCAUCAUUUAACUCGAGUGAAACAUCAUCCGUGUCAUCCUCCACGCAGAAUGCAGCUGCGAUCGCCGCAUCGCCUAUGUCAGACGUGUUGAGUAUAGCCGAUAGUGACAUGUCAAUCGAUAGCACUAUGAAGACAGAAAAACCAACUCCUGGAAUGAAUGGCGUUUUAACAGCGGAAGACGCAUGCCGGGCAGUGUACGCCCUGUCAAGUGCUGUUGAUAAUUUAUUUGACAUGGCCGCCACAACUUUACCGAUUCGUGCAUUUCGUGCGUUUUUACAUGCACUCACGGAAGCUUCGCAUCAACAACUGUAUGGGAAAGAAAACAGGUUUAUAAAUUUUGAUACGUCUUCUCCGCAAGAUAAUGAUACUAUUCAGCAACAAAUGAUCACAAUGAAUACACUGCAUCUCUACCAUAUUUGUGAUGUCAUGCUACGAUGUGCACGAAAUAAUAACCGUCCGCUAAUUCACGUAAUGGAAGCGUGGUCAAUUAUCUCGUCUCACUUGAUCGAGGCUGCUUAUCAUAAGGCUAGACAUGUAUCCAAGGUCGCACUUACCUCGAUUCAUGAUAUACUAAGUGAGAUGUUAAAACGACGAUCAGAGCUUCCUCAUUUUUGGUUUUACGAUUCUUUGUUUAAACCGUUUAAUACGUUGAUGGGUUUAGAUGUGUGUGACAAUGAGAUACAAGAUCAGAUUCUUUACACCCUCUAUGAAUUAGUUGAGGGUUUUAGUCAGUCGUUAAAAUCUGGAUGGAGGUCGUUGUUCGGUGCAUUGAGCAACACGAAAAUUUACAAUAGGCAUGCCAUCGAAGAGUUUAACGAUUGUGAGCAAAGACGCAAACUGGUGUUUAACAUAAUUGAGAAUUUUGUCAAUGUUAAAAGCACGAAUGUUUUUUCAUCCGCUGUUGUGAGCGCCAUCUUGUGUUUGUUGAAGUUCUUGCGAGGCGGAAAUACAGCAGAUGAAGACGAUUCAUUUGAACUAACUCACUACGCCCAAAGCGAUGAUCGGAGUGAGACGGACAGUAGCAUAAGCGAAGUGCCGUCGGAAAGUGAAUUAUGUGAACCAACACUCAACGUCUUGUCGCAAAUUUCGAAACGUCUUUCGAACAUCUACAUUCAACCCUCCAGCGCUAUCUUCUAUGGCUCUUAUUCCAUCUUGCUCGUUAAUAUGGCGGAAUCACAAGGAAAGGUCUGGGACGACUCUUGGUCACAAAGUUCAAGCACUCUAUCUGGCACGUUGAGCCCUGAUAACGAGAAUAAAAACCAUCCCUCUCACACUGCUAGUUCCAUCGUUGCUAUAGACGACACUGGUAUUCUAAGGGUAUGGUUUUUACUGCUGGAAGGAUUAACAACCAACGUGACGACAAGUCCAAAGAAAUUUCAACCAAUGAUUAUCGAGCUAUUAUUCGAAAUACUACGCUCAAUUACAACUGUUCCUGGUCCUCAUUUUUCUAUGUUUGUUAUCUCGAACUUGGUAUUACCCAUGUUGCAUUGCUGGGUUCAAAGAGGUUCUCGUAAAAAGUCGUACUGGGAUAGCACACUGAAUAAUUUCAAGCAUGCAUGUGGGCUAGCAACUCAGCUGGUUGUAGAAGAGAUUGGACAUUUUCUUAGUGUUGAAGGCGCUACAGAUUGUGUUCCAGUAAUGUUGAAGCAGUUACUCGAUCUGUUUCAUGAGUGUAUUUCCCAGCCUAUCGAAACUAUUGCUAGGCUUGGCUGUUCGUGUUUAAGACAUUUACUUCUUUCUGCCGGCCCUCAAUUUUCAGAAGAACUUUGGCAUAUUCUGUGUAAAGGAAUCACGAAGAUAAUAGAAUCGACACUUUCAUAUGCCAGAGAAUUGUGCUCGUGUUUUCAAAGUGGUUCCACCAGCGUAAGUGGAGAUAAUGGAAUGGUGGUAAAGAUCGUUGCGAGAAGAGAUGUGACUCCACUAGAAAAUGUCAGACUGAUGCAAAUUGCAGAACAGGUAUUUUUGUUGGAAUCGCAAAUCAGUGCAUCAUCGCCAUGGUCUGAAACUGCAUUAGAUGAGGAUGACAAUCGAUCUUAUAUUUUUGUCAUUUCCACGUCUGAUGAAACUGAUAGUACAAAAAUAAGAAUCACCUUCCGUGCAUUGACAGUCAGCUUAUUAGCCAAUCAGAUCUUGGUACAGAUGCUUGGUUCCAUGCUUCUGGAAAGUGCUGAGUCAGUUCGUGGGUCUAUUCUAUCAACGAUAACCGAAUCAGGUUUAAUCAAAAGAAAUAAUGAGGAUAGUUCGUUACCAGGACUCUUAUGUUAUUUAUCACCGAUAAAUCUUGGAAUCUUGUUUGACUGUCUCAUGGAAUCAUACAGCAUCGCGAACGAGUAUAAUGUUCGUCCAGGAUUACGUUCACUCGUCCAAAAACUUGCGCGCUUUUCAACACCAUCCAAUUUACUCCGACAGUCCAUAACAUCUUUUGCAUUUUAUUUGAAUACUUUAUUUCAAAUUUCACGACACGACGGAGAAAACUUUUCUAUCUCGAACAUUAAAAGAAUUUUAACAGGCGAGAAAGUUCAUUUGGAAAUUAGUCCAGAAAGUCCAAUGAAAAUCGAGACACCAAAGUCAAUACAAGGCGGGAGGUAUCGUGAUUUACUCAAGGGUGAUGUUAAUAUUGAUUGGAUUAUCCGUCGUUUAUACGACGCGUGCAAUCAAAUCAGCGACACGUAUCAAAAACUCCAUCAGUCGGAUAUAUUUUCCGAACAGGAUUCUGGGUAUCAAGAUGCAUUCUCAGCGAGUUUUUCAUCUCUUCUUAACUCGCCACAAAAACAUAACGGUACUGAAAGUUCAGAGGAAAGUUUAGACAUUACUCGACUCGUUAAAGGAACUCAUAUUGAAAAAAGUAAAUUUGUUUCUCCAUUCCGUCAUAAGAAACGAAAUGAAACGACGGAAAGCGACGGCGACGUGAAUCGGAAUGCAAGGAGACGUGAAGAUGAACUUUUACAGUUAGCGGCUUGGUCUCAACUGAUAAUCAGUAUGCUGGAGUUACUAUUAGGUUUACCGACAUUGCAAUUUAAGACGGUGCUUCCUGCCGUCUUUCCAGCCGUGACGUCUUUAAUAAACACUGUUCAUGAUCCAAAAGUUCGACAACUUGUUUGUGAUGUUGUACGUCGUUGUGGUGCGAUUUAUGGUAUUAUAUAAUUUUUAUUUCAUCUCAAUUUUCCAACCUAUCCACGGGAAAGUAUUCGUACCCAAAUCUGUUCUAUUCCAGUAAAGGCAAGUAGCAAUUUUAGAUCUUUUGUAUUUGUUGGAAAUCUUCGCCAUGAUGUAAUUGUAUGAAAAAAAGUGAUAUUAAUUGCUCAAUCCCAACUGUUUCAUCUCCUGUGGUCUUUUUAUUUAAGCACGUUUUUUUGACCAAUUACUUUUUCAUAAAUUGGACGGCGCGUUUGCUUUUUCUAAACUAAUAGUCAUCGGAUCAAAGCCUAAUUUGUUUACUGGACAAAAAAGUCAUCACAUGACCAGAAAAUGGAUAACGUAUCACAAAAGAAAAAAAUGGUUUUUGAUAGCUUUUACCCAUUUUUAUGCAUUGGAAGUGGAUCAAUGAAAAACAUGAUUACGUAUUUCUUUAGGCCCAAAGUAGUUUAUGAUGAAAAUAUAUAUUGUAAAUAUAAAAAAUAAUUUAUUCGAGUUAUAUAUGUAGUUUUGUAAAAUAUAUACAAUUAUUAAUAAUAAUUUUUUGUUUUCUUAAAAACAUGUAAACUUUCAUGCAAUGUGAAUGUCAAAAUGAAAAUUAUAUGGAGACAGGUGAAGUGAUUUAGGUUUGUGAAUGUGAAUAUUUGACACCGUUCAGUGUAAUUUUAUUCACAGUGCCAAUCUUUGUAGAAAACAGAUUAAAUUCGCCUAGCUGUAUAUCCCGUAGAAAAUUCACUUUCUUAAAAAGAAAGACGAUCACUUCAAAGGAUGUUUGAUUUCGAAUAUUUUGUUAAUGAUUUCGUUGGUCCAUCCUAAUAGACCUUUUUUUAAAUUUAUUUAACUGUCAUCACGAAAUCAUUGUAAACACUC